AUGAUAAACUUCCAAGAUAAAAUCUGCUCCACUUUCGCCUUCGGCUACGGGUCCCCCGCUUCUGGCAAUUGCGAGAGCUCUUUCAACCAGACAGACAGCUACUAUGUCAUCGGCAGACUCAACUCCAACGGAUCCACCUCAGUGAAUUAUUUUUCAGACGAUCCCUGCCUUUCGGAUUCCUGGUUUGCGACACGAAACGCAAGCCAGGAGACCCUAUCGAGGCAUUCGUGCGACGCCAACCAAUUCAAAUGGUACAGCAGCAACGACGAUAAGGACAACUCUGGCCGCAACGGACUUACGUUAACACCCAAUGCUCUCAUCGGGGUUGGCUUUGGAUUUCUCACCCUCGUGAUUGUAAGCGUGACUUUCGUAUUUUUCAGACGCUAUUUGAAGGUAAAGAGGAUUGAAGGACAGUCGAAGUGGCCGACAGGACCGUCCGAAGCUGUGAGCUUAAAUAAGGUCGUGUUGCACGGCCAGCAUGGACUCUGGAACGACGAUGUUAUCACGACAAAAAGACUACCAAGGGACAAAAUUCUGGUCAAGAAGCUCAUCAGUCGAGGGGCGUAUGGCGAAGCUCACGCUGGAUUAUUCAACGGCCACCUAGUUGCCAUCAAGAGGUUGCUGCCUCCUUCAAGGGGAAGCCUCGAACCUGUCAACGAAUUCCUCGCGGAAGCAAAGAUGACCGCUACGUUGGACCACCCUCACAUCGUGACAUUUACUGGCGUUGCGUGA